AAGACGUGCAGGUGAGAUGGGAGGAGUUUUUGCCUUUACGCCGGGAAUGUGGUCUGUGCAGGACGUGUUCUUGUGGAAAGACGGCGUGGAGAUGUUCUAGAAAUUUACAAAUAACAUUUGGAGCCAUUUGGAUCGACUGAGGAGCGCAGAAAAUAAGAACAUUUAGAACGCGGUUGGGCUGCGGAACUGAUUUUACCCUUGGUUUAUGUUUAGGACGGACACUUUUUGUUGUUGUACUGUAUUGUAGUACAGUAUCAUUCGCGACAAACCCGGAAGUGUAGGAAUACAGUGGGGAAACAUUUUUAUUAUUUUUUUUCUUUUACUUUAUCUAUUGUCUAAAUGCAUUUUAUGGAAAUUUACUGUUGAAUUUGAUUCGAUAUAGUUUUAGAAAAGAUAUAUACGCGCUGUAAUAGCAUUUAGCAUCACCAGACAUCCAGCUAAUUGUUAUUGUUUCCUGUUCCGGGUCAGCGCAGUUUGUUUUCGGUCCUAAAACGGCGUGUUUCUUUAUUAGACUCGUUGAGCUUUUUUUUGUGAUUAAAUCCGUUUUAAAGCAAUUUCAUCAGACACAAUGCAGCGACCACAUUUCCGAUCCCAGCAUCCAUCAGGCGGUCAGAGAGGCGGAGGAUUCCGGACGCCAUCGCCCGCUUUGGACAGGACAGGGGGAUGCAGGUUUCCCUCGCCGCCCUGGGCUUUCCAAAACGGGCCGUAUAGACCCAGAUUCGGGUCGUAUGGCGGCUCUCCUGGAACACACACACCGCCCAGAGAGUUUAGCGGUAAUAGAGGAGGAGGAGGAGGUGGUGGAGGGAUAUAUAACCGUAAAUCCGCGGGACAAACACCGGGCGGAUCGAACGGUAGUCCUAAUUACAGACAGUCGCCUUAUCAGAGUCCCGGAGCGCACAGCGGAUAUCAGGGUUCCUCAUGGACGUCGACGCCAUACGGCAGGGAGAGAAGCUCGAACGAUACGGAUAGAUAUUACAAAGCGUCCAUGCUUCAGGACCCAUGGGCAAACCUCCAGCCCGUUUCAGUGACCCAGACCCGGUCCAAAUGCAGCUUCCAGCAGGCCACACACACAGGCAGGACAGGGAGGUACUACAACAAAACCCCAACCGCUUAAAACUACGUUUUUCUUUCCUCCUUUUUUUUUUGGGAAGAAUUUUGGCCAAACACGGCUCGUAGUUUGGACAAAAAAAAAAAAAAGAUGGACACGCCAGCAUCAAUUACACUUCCAACACUUACUGUCUUUUAUAUCUCCUGGAAAUCUAGAUCCUGUUGUAUUUUGGUACAUGCUUAUUAGAAUCCGGACCGGCGCAUACACACACUCUGACACGUUACAAUACACCAGAUCUGUUAGAUCCCCAUUGUAUUGUUUACACCACAUACAGUACAAACUGAAUCAUAUCCGAGCUUCCUCAUGAGGGAAUGAUCUGGAAUAGUUAUUAACGAGGUAACGAUUCUCCUGGAUGAUUAGCUGGAGUCUGAUGGACGUGUCACUGUGUGUAAGGAACAUCCAGAGGUCUGAUCUACCUCUGACCCCAUGCUGUUAAUCAACUCAACCAGCACAAACUUUUCUAGGAAUUUUAUUGUAAGUUUGUACAGUCUGUAAAAUUUUUUGGGGCUUUUGUUUUUAGUUUGAGUUCAGAUGUCUUGUUUUAUUAAGAAAAGAAAAAUUUAGGAACGAAUUAGUUUUUUUUAACACUCAGGAUUUUCUAAACGUGAACGCGCCUUGAGUUUAUUCGGGGGGUUCAUUUAAACCCUUUGGUGUUUUCAAUCUGAUUAUAAUUUAAUGAAUUGUUUAACUUGGAAGUGUCUUUUUGCUCCACAGAAAGAAAAAAAGCAGACUGUCAAUUUUAUAUCCUUAAAUGUUUUUAAAAAAAUUGAGACCCGAUUGCUUUCUGUAUUUUUCUUUUUAUCCUUUCAGCAUUGAUAAAUGUUAAUAUUUCAGUUACUCAAAUCGUCUGACUUCUUUGUGGAAACAAUCUGAUCAUUUUGGGGACAACCCAGAAUUUCUUAUUAUAAACAACACAGCCGAAUAUUUGCACUAGACGGAUAUGCAAGAACGACACCAGCCACAAAACUUAAUCAUAUAAACUCUUGUAUUUUAAUAUAUUGGCUCCGGGUUAACAGACGCUUUAGUUAACAUCACAUUUCAGAACAGAAAGUACCCAAGGGCUUCAGCAGAGCACACGGCGUUUCAGCGUCAUUACCCCGUGUACCGGCGAUCGCAGAGUGAAGUUAGUUAUUACGCUAAAAAAAAAAGUAUAAUCCACAGGUUACGAAAACGAUCCAGGACUUUUAGUGCAUCCGAGUUAGCACGACCGGUCGUUCAAAUUAAAGCCGAGGUGCACAUCGUGUUACAACACCGUAUAAUUAUAUAUCACAGAUAAUUCAUUCUAAACCACAUCAGGCUGUAAAGGAUGUCACCACAUCUGCAGCACUUUCCUUCAUUUCCUUCCUUCUUUAAAAAUAAAUAAAAAAUUAUAAUAAAUGUUAAUGCACUGAGAACUUUGAGAGCUUGUGAACGAUUUAAGAAAAGAAAGAAAACAGCCCUUUCUAUGAUGGAGAGAAUAUUGUUUCUAAAUAUAAAUCAUGAACAGAGGAAGUCUGAUGUUGGCCGUUGGGGAAGAAGGAAAAAUGUCUGAUUGUUCAAACGAAACUGUGCAAAAGUCACUUAAUCAAAUUUUAUUUUUUUGUGGUUUCAUGACAUGAAAUUUUAGUAAAAAAAAAAAAAAAAAAAAA